AUGAACAACUCAAAGAACGCCUACGGCGACAUAAAUCACCGUCUGCCACCUUCUUUUCGUACGCUAGCGUCGCACUCUGACCUCGAGAAGCUGCGCGAACUCGCACGUAGCGACGAGUUUUCGGACAGCGAGAGCGACGGCGUUGAUAGCGACGACGACGAGGAUGACGUAGUUGCCACCAUGAUCAUGCUUUACUGCUUUUCAUCGCCCAAGCGCAAGAUUGUGGCGGCGCAACAUCGCGUCCAGCUAAAACAGCAAAAGACGAGCGAUGACAAGGCUAGCAGCAGUCCUAAAGGCGACGAGUGGGAGCUUGUAGACAAGUCGCCAACGUUCGAGAGCAUCGUGGAAGGCAAAAAGGAACUAGGAGGAGAGAGCUGGUUCGUGCAAGAGCAGGAGCAGUCGACCAGAGAGAUACCGUAG